UCCACACAACACCCUUCUCCUUCGCCAUCAAAGAGGCAUCUAUCGGAAAAUCCAACAUCGCCAGACUCACCGAAACUUCAUACACUCAUAACAACUGCAACCAUGCAGAUCUUCGUCAAGACUUUGACUGGCAAGACCAUUACCCUUGAGGUGGAGUCUGCGGAUUCGAUCGAGACCGUCAAGAACAAGAUCCAGGAUAAGGAGGGCAUCCCCCCCGACCAGCAGCGCCUGAUUUUCGCGGGCAAGCAGCUUGAGGAUGGCCGCACCCUUUCGGAUUACAACAUCCAGAAGGAGUCCACUCUCCACCUUGUCCUCCGCCUCCGUGGCGGUAUGCAAAUUUUCGUCAAGACCCUGACCGGCAAGACUAUCACCCUCGAGGUGGAGUCAGCGGACACGAUCGAGACCGUCAAGAACAAAAUUCAGGACAAGGAGGGCAUCCCUCCCGACCAGCAGCGCCUGAUUUUUGCGGGCAAGCAGCUUGAGGAUGGCCGUACCCUUUCGGAUUACAACAUCCAGAAGGAAUCUACUCUUCACCUCGUCCUCCGUCUCCGUGGCGGUAUGCAGAUUUUCGUCAAGACCCUUACGGGGAAGACGAUUACUCUGGAGGUUGAGUCAGCGGACACGAUCGAGACCGUGAAGAACAAGAUUCAGGACAAGGAGGGCAUCCCGCCUGACCAACAACGCCUCAUCUUUGCUGGCAAGCAGUUGGAAGAUGGCAGGACGCUGUCUGACUACAACAUUCAGAAGGAGUCCACUCUCCACCUUGUCCUCCGUCUGCGUGGCGGUAUGCAGAUCUUUGUGAAGACACUUACGGGGAAGACGAUAACUCUGGAGGUCGAGUCUGCGGAUACGAUCGAAACCGUGAAGAACAAGAUUCAGGACAAGGAGGGCAUCCCGCCUGACCAGCAACGUCUCAUCUUUGCUGGCAAGCAGUUGGAAGAUGGCAGGACGCUGUCCGACUACAAUAUCCAGAAGGAAAGCACCCUCCACUUGGUGCUGCGUCUGCGCGGUGGUCAGUAAAGUGUCUGCAUCGGACGGGAAUGGGCCUGGGAGCGUUUUAGCGGGUUUGGGACGGCCAACCAUUGGCUGCCGCUGGAAAUUUGGGGUUUACCAUUAAUGACACGGUAACAUGGAGAUACCACGGAUGAAUAGACUCGUUUGGAGUCCCCCGAUUAUUGUUCGUUUGAUGCUGCGUAAUCGUGGUGCGAUGACAUUUGAUGCCUAUGGGAUGGCGGGGGUCUCCCCCGCUUUCGGAAGUUGCAUGUGAAAAACAGUUCCUGCUCCGUCCUAGCCUUGGCAAUGCAAACUUGGAUGUUCCGGCUUCGUAACCGCCUUUCACAUCCUUCCUCCGACAAUGCAGGUUGUUGCCGACAAGCCAGCACGUCAAUGAUCCUCAUGAUGCAGCUUGCUGCAAGAGAGCGCAAGCUUCGAGAAGCAGAGCAUUCAUU